AUGUCUGCUCCCCCAAACAAAAACACUGACUCUCCUAACAAGGCCAACCGCGUUCGCAACGAGUUCACUACUGGUGACUUUGACCUGACGGAGAAACGAGACGAACUACGCUACACCAUGCACCGCAAGGUCACCCUCGUCGAGUACGGCGUGUUCAUGGCCGAAUUCAUGCCGGAGGCGCCGCUAGCAUGCCCGUCGCCGUUCGCAAACAUCAUUCCUACUUCACGGCAGCGGCCAUCAUUCAGACGUGGCCCAUCGUCGAGAGGCAAUUUCAUCAAACCCACGACAAGGGCAUCUACAGCGGCAAUGAAGCAAGCCCUAGAGUCCAGCCCAUUUCAAACCAAGGAAAGCAACCCUCGAGCAGAAGUGGAUAUGUACACUCGUAUCCCGUCGGCGCUGAACAACUCCAAGAUUUUCGAAGGAUACACGUUCGUAGCAACCCCUCACAAAGCCGACAAGAAAGACGAAUCCGGGCAGGCAGUCGACUGUGGCCUGUACCCCAACGAUGCACUUCCCAAGCUCGAGGUCAAGGAAGGAUCAAAACGCAAGUUUGGGCGUACGGAUUGGUCGCUGAUCGAAAUCGCAAUCGAGUGCAAGACGCAUUCCACCGCUGGCGACCCAUUCGACGAAGAGACGAACAACCACGAGCCCAACGCCGAGGGACGCCGCAAGGUCCUCGGGCAGAUUCUCGACUACGCUGAGAAGGUCUUCGAGUACCAACACCGGACGUUCCAGUACAUGCUCCUCUUCCUCGGCGACUACGCUCGGAUCGUCCGGAUCGAUCGCGCAGGGAUCAUCGCGACAAAAAAGUUCAACUACAGGACGGAUGGUCAUAAGCUCGCAGCUUUUCUCCGGUACUACACCCGUCUCCCUCCUGCCGAGCGCGGUCACGAUACCACCGCGGUGCGUCUCGAUCCUGAGUCGGAUGAGGCCAUCCGGAUGAAGAACCGGGUGAAGAACGCCGACCCGAAAGACUACGUCGCGCAAAUGUUCAAGCAGCAACUCGACUCGGAUUGGCCUUGGUGGAAGCUCGAGGUCACUGACGACUCGCUCACGAAUCCUAAGGACAACGACGACUCGCCCAUGAAUCUUGAGGCCACCGAUGACUUGCCUUCGAACCCUGAGGUCGCCAGCGACCCGCCCAAGAAAACGAAGCGCUACUACUUGGUUGGCAAGCCGCACUUCCAGGCUGGCGGGGUCGCCGGUCGCACCACCCGCGGGUACGUUGCCCUCGAUGACGACAUCACGAAGAACGACUUCGUCCAUCUGAAGGAUGCGUGGCGCGUCGUUAGCGACGAUAUCGAGAAGGAGGGCGUCAUCCUGGAGACCCUUCGCGAACGCGAGGUUCAAUAUGUGCCUACGCUGGUCUGUCACGGCGAUGUACCCGGUCAGGAGACGAAGACGCAGGAGGUGUGGUCAAGGCUUCACCCCGAGGAGAAGUGCCACCUGAAGCAUCACCAGCACUACCGCCUCGUCGUCAAAGAGGUCGGGAAACCUCUGGAGGAGUUUUCGACAGGUCUCGAGCUUCUCACCGCGAUAUGCUAUGCUGUCCUAGCGCACUCCCAGGCAUACGAACACGGUAUCAUUCAUCGUGACAUCAGCGCGGGGAACAUUUUGCUCUACAAACCUCACGCGGACGGGGAUUGGCAAGGGCUUCUCAACGACUGGGAGUUAUCGAAGCAGUUCGCCCAACAGACCGAAAAGGGGCGCCAGCCUGAUCGCACGGGUACAUGGCAGUUCAUGUCCGUGAAUGCGCUCAAUGAUAACAAGAAAACCAUCGUCAUUCAAGACGAGCUCGAAUCGUUUUUCCACGUCGCUCUCUUCGAGGCCAUCUGCCUGCUCCACCACAACUGCGAGGACGCGAGCGUCCCACAGCUCCUACACGACUACUUCGACGAAUGCACGCCUCACGCUAAGGGGAACCACUGCGGACCGGUGAAGAGCAAUGCCAUGCGCGAAGGGCGUAUCAACCUCUCCGUCUACAAUGAGAAGCGGGAAGGCGAUGUUGAUUACGACCUGCAUUUCCUCUGGCCGCCACCGCCACCUCCAUCUCCACCGCAGCCGCAACCCCAACCGCAGCAGGAAGGGGAGAAGAAGAGCAAGGGGGGCAAGAAGAAGUGGGGGAAGAAGAAGAAAUGGGGCAAGAAGGGGCAACAGCAAGCGGCGCCUUCGCAGAAGCAGGAGCCCAUGCAGGAAGAUGUGCAUCCGCCGGAGCAGACGCCCCCGCAAGGGCCGGAGCUCGCCGGCAAGGAGCAAGAGCCCCAGCAGGUGCAAGAGCCCAAGAAGUCCCCGAUAGACCUUUUCUUCACGACCGUUCUCUCCUGGCUUAGCGCGUACUAUUCAUUGGAGGGGGCUCGUCGCCGUGAAGCCGAGGCGAAGAAGACAGCCGAUAAUCAGGAGGUUGAGCUCCAGAACGCCAUCCCACGCGCCGGGCCCGGUCUUGCCGCUCUGGUGUCGGCAAUAAAACGAAAAGGAGAAGCGAUCUCGGAGGCGGACGGACGGGCAUCGUCACCACAAGGCUCAAGUGGCACCAGCAAAGAUCUUACCCCGGGACAGGAUCUCACAUUGAAGCCGUCGCUGGCGCAGCUCGAGACUCUGGCCAAGAACCUGGAGACUCAUCAACCGAUGCUGGAGCUGAUGAGUUCGAUUUUGACCAAGACAUGGCCUAAGAACGAUCGGCACGCCAUGAGCAAGAAGCUCAACAAGCUGAAGAAGGCGAACGAGCAGGUCUCAAAAGGCACCAAGGUCACGAAGGGCACCAAGCGCAACUCCGCUGCCAUGGGCGAGCAGGGAAGCGGCAGUCCUAGCAAGAAGAGCAAGGUCUAA